GCUCUAUCUAAGUACCUACCCCAGCCGAGCACAUCCAACCUGCCCUGCCUCCAUGCGACCCUUUGUUGCCCUGCGAUCGCCACACAUUGCAGCAGCAUACAAGAGAGCAGCGACACCACCCACGACCCUCCCGGCCGUAGCCAGUCUCAUCGUCCUCAACAGUGCUGGCCGAUAUUCCUCGUGCGACUCCUGGUCACGUCUCAGACCUCCCUGCCGUCGAUUCACGACCUCGACAACACGCCUCUUCCGACCUUCCACAACGACACCUCAGCCCCAGCCUGUCGCGAUGGCGCCCUACGAGGAGACCUUGAAGGGCAAGUACCCUGGGACGCUCCACGCCAAGCGGGUCACCGAGUACAUCCAGUCCAAACUGCCCGGCGCAACGAGUGGCGUCAUCUAUCUCGAGGGCGGCAAGACGAGGAUGAUUGAGGACUGUGACCAGGAGGAACACUUCCGGCAGCGGCGGUACUUCUACUAUCUGACGGGCUGCGACCUGCCCGACUGCCACUACACCUACGACAUCGCCUCUGGCCAGGCCACCCUCUUCGUGCCGCCCGUCGACCCCGAGUCUGUCGUUUGGUCCGGCCUGCCGCUGAGCCCCGACGAUGCCCUCCAGCAGUACGACGUCCACCACGCCGCCCUCACCACCGACGUCAACGCCACCCUCGCCCGCCUGGCCAAGGACAGCGCAAAGACCGUCUUCGCCAUCCCGGGCCAGGUCUCGGACCACAUCACCUUCCUCGAGUUCGAGGACAAGAACCUGGCCGUCCUCAAGGAGGCCAUCGAGUACUCCCGCGUCGUCAAGUCCGACUACGAGGUCGCCCUGAUCCAGAAGGCCAGCGACAUCUCCUCGGCCGCCCACCGCGCCGUCAUGGAAAAGGUCCGCCACGCCCACAACGAGACCGAGCUCGAGGCCGUGCUGCUGUCGCACUUUGUGUCCCGCGGCUCCAAGAACCAGGCCUACAGCACCAUCGUCGCCAGCGGCCGCUCCGCCGCAACGCUGCACUACGUGCGCAACGACCAGCCCCUGGCCGGCAAGCUGAACCUCCUCCUCGACGCCGGCUGCGAGGUCGCCUGCUACGCCUCCGACAUCACCCGCACCUUCCCCAUCGGCGGCAAGUUCACCCGAGAGAGCCGCGCCAUCUACGACAUCGUCCUCAAGAUGCAGCUCGAGAGCAUCGCCAUGCUGCGCGAGGGCGUCAGCUGGGACGACGUCCACGCCAACGCCCACCGCGUCGCCAUCGACGGCCUCCUGGCCCUGGGCAUCCUCAAGGGCGGCGGCAGGGACGAGAUCUUCGCCAGCAAGGCGAGCGUCGCCUUCUUCCCGCACGGCCUGGGCCACUACAUGGGCAUGGACACGCACGACACGGGCGGCGACCCGGACUACGCCGACCCGGACCCCAUGUUCCGCUACCUGCGGAAGCGGGGCACCCUCCCCGCCGGCAGCGUCAUCACCGUCGAGCCCGGCAUCUACUUUUGCAAGUUCAUCAUCGACCCGGCGCUGAAGGACCCGGCCACGAGCAAGUACAUCGACGCGGGGGUGUUGGAGAGGUACUGGGACGUCGGGGGCGUGCGGAUCGAGGAUAAUGUGCUUAUUACCAAGGAUGGGUGUGAGAAUUUUACGAGUGUUGUUAAGGACCCCGAGGAGCUCGAGAGGAUCAUCUCGUCUAGUUAGGUGUGUGUGUGUGUGUGUGUGUGUGUGUGUGGUAAAGCGGCAGCAUAGCAUGUCUGGAUUGAUAUGGAAUAACUACCACAUCCCACCACCGCUGCCAUUUGAUGUUUUGCCCCCUGGCGUGAUUUUGUGCUAGCCCGCCUUGCCUGAGCGGCUGGGUGCGACAACAUUGUAGUAUCGAGGCACCGAGCGACGGUCAGGCACGAAUGCACGUUUUCACGUGCCUCAAGGCGAGGCAAUGCAGC